AUGCAUUUUCCUUUUUAUAUCUUUCUUUCUUUCUCCCAUCACGGAUGUUCAUUCUUUUCUCUCUUUGUUUCUUACGUUCGUGAAUUUUUUCAAGCAUUUUCUUUUUUCUUUCAAGCAUUUUUCUUGCCUACUGUUUUAUUUCUUUCUCAUUCUUUCUGGUUUCAUGCAUUUUUCCUUCAUUCUUUCUUUCUAUCUUUUUUGCUGACUACAGAGAUGUUCUUUAUUUCAAUCAUUUUUCUUUCUUUCUUGCGUUCGAAACAUUGUCUUUCUUUCAAGCAACUUAAGAAUUUUUCUUUCCUUCUCUAUUUUUAUUUCUUACUUUCUGGCUUCAAGGAGGAAUUUUUUCCUUCUUUUUUCUUUCUUUCUUGCGUUGAAGAAUUUCUCUUGCUUUCUUUCAGGUAUUUUUCGUUCUUUCUUUCAAACAUUUUCUUUUUUCUCUCAAAAAUCUUUCUUUCCGUCAUUUUGAAUUUAUCCUUCUUCUUUCUACUCAUUCUUUCCUUCCGGCUUCAAGGAUAUUCUUUCUUUCUUGCGUUGAAGAAAUUUCUUUCUUUCUUUCUUUCUUUCUUUCUUUCUUUCUUUCUUUCUUUCAUCUUGCAUUUUUCUUUCAAGCAUUCUUCUUUCUUGCAAGUAUUUUCUUUUUGCCUUUCAAUAUAUUCCUUCUAUCUAUCUAUCUAUCUAUCUAUCUAUCUAUCUAUCUCAGUUAUAUUCCCCCAUUUAGCUAUCUAUCUAUCUAUCUCACUCACUCACUCACUCACUCAAUUAGUAUUUUCCUUCUAUCUAUCUAUCUCACUCGCUCGCUCACUCAGUAUUUUCCUUCUAUCCAUCAAUCUCUAUUUGUAUUUCAGUAUAUUCUAUCUAUCUAUCUAUCUAUCUAUCUAUCUAUUGCUUUCUCACUUACUUCCUAUUUUCGGUCGAGUCAGCUGA